CAAAAUACGACGUCAUAAUUACGCGACAGCGGAGUCACGUACGGUCACUGCUGCCUUGUGGAUAAAGCGACCUAAACACUGAUAAACAUGUCCACUGCCAUGAAUUUCGGCUCGAAGACUUUUAAACCUCGGCCUCCGGAUAAAGGGUCUUUUCCUCUGGAUCACUUUGGAGAGUGUAAAGACUUCAAGGAGAAGUUUAUGAAAUGUCUGAGAGACAACAGCUUCGACAACUCCCUGUGUCGCCUGCAGUCCAAAGAUUACCUGGAGUGUCGGAUGAACCAUCAGCUGAUGGCCAGGGAGCCUCUGGAGAAACUGGGUUUCAAGGACCUGAUGGAUCCUCCUCCUGGCCAAGCAGACAGAGACACUAAACCCUGACCUGCUUUCACCACAGCUGCUGCGUCAGAAACACGAAGAUGGUGUUUCUCUGAACUUAACAUGUCCAACAGUUUGCUGGAAAUGAUGUGACAGAAGAGUCCUGGAAAAGAAGGAGAGGCAAAGACUGUUCUGAGUGAAGCUGAGAAUGACUGCUGGAGACUGUGGCCUUUGUCUGAGGUUACAGAGUACAACCUUAUUCAAUCAAUCACUUGUGUACAUAAGAUAAAAAUGUAUAAUAUAUAGAGAUGUUGUUUUGAACUGUCAAUAAAUCCUUUGUAUUUGAA